UGGACUAAAUUUCACAGUGGGAAAAUACAAAACUACGAAGUUAGUCGUGUGCUAAACAAUUUGCAAUAGAAUUCAUUGGAAUUGAUCUGAAAGUCAAAUCAUGCCAGAAAUCGUCCUACCAAACUCACCAAAUUGGUUUUUGUCUUCAGUAAGCAGUGGAAAUGAUUCAGGUCUCUAUGCAUUUGGAGCGAGAAAUAAUGUAUUUGUCUAUGACGUUCAACGAACGAGCGAUUCCGACCAUGAAUUGAAUGGGGACAACGGCAACGAUUGUACAGCGGUUACAGCGGGUACGGUUGUACCAUCAUUUGUAGCUUGCUAUACUGAACACUCCGAGAAAAUUACGGCCGUUACAUUGUCUCCAGAUUCAUCUCAAUGGUUGUGCUGCUCAUGUGAUGAAAUCUCAAUAAGAUUAUGGGAUAUAAGAUCACUUGUCACUAUUCAAAGUCAAAAUGAAUGCAAGGAAAAACUCACUUGUAUGACAUGGUGUCCACGUAAUACAGAUUUGAUUGUUACUGCCUGUGAAAAAGGAACUGUGCUGACUUGGAAGCUGAGUAAAAAUGCUGUACAAAGUUUUCGGUUUGAGAAGGAGUAUGUGUAUAGCAUAAAGGCAUCACCUCAUCAUGCUUCACAAGUAGCACUUGGAUAUCGUAUGGGAACAGUGUUGAUUGUGGAUCUCAGCGCUAAUGAACCUAUCGUCUUACAAAAACUGAGAGGUCAGGAAGGUGAGAUCACUUCAAUCAGCUGGUGUCCUUUGCGAGGAGAAAAUGUUCUGCGUGGCAGUGGUGAUGAUGAUGAUGGAGUUCUUAUAGCAGCAGCUAGUAGAAAAAUUGUUAAAAUUUGGAGCUCAACCAAUGGAAAAGAGAUUUGGUUUAAGAAACUCCCACAGGCAGCAACCUCACGUCAAGACCCUCAGGAUUUGAUGGGCAAAAGGCAAUGGUUAGAUAUCUUAUGGCACAAGUCAAUGCCCCAGUAUAUUCUGUGCACAUCUUCAGGGUCAUUUGGAGAACUGUUUUUACUGAAUGUAUGUCAGAAGAAUGAUCAGGAAAUGGAACAUUUUACUGUACGUCCAACAGGCAAAAAUAGAUUUAUAUUCAAUAUAGCUGCUGUGGGAGGAGAUAAGUUGUGUACAUUUUCUUUGGACAGAAUGAUUUCUGUGUGGAGUUUAAAACAACGCGAGUUACUGUGUUCAAUAAGUUCGUUUGGUGGCCAUGUUUACUGUAUCAGAGGAUCACCAGUAGAUCCAGGUUUUGUAGCUAUAGCAGCUGGGGAUAGUGCAGUGAGGAUUUGGAAUCAGGGCAACAAAUCAAACCCUUUAGAUUUUUCAAGUUUAUAUUUUGCAAAUAGAGUGAAGAUCACAGCGCUUGCAUGGCAUCCAAAGAAGGAAGGACUCUUGGCAUUUGGCACUGACCAAGGCAGAGUUGGAGUUUGCAACACCCUAAAUUUCAAAGCACCAACAGUCUCAGCAACUAGUCAUAAUAAAACUGUCUAUGUUGUUUGUUGGGCACCACCUUUGAAAAUGGAAGCAGCCACUGACAGCAGCUAUCAAGUGUACUCUGUUGGAGAUGGUACAAUCCUACAGCAUUUCAUAGGCGAGUCCAAAAAACCUGCCAUCAAUUUUUUAAACUCCAUAAUGGCUCUGAACAAGACUGAGACUGAGAGACUGUCUAGUAGUGAAUUGUCUUGGCGUAAAGAUAACACUGGCUUUGCUGUUGGCUAUGAUACUGGCUGUGUGGCAGUGUACAACUUCCCAAGUCUACAACAGCUGUGUAAAAUAACCACACACUCUAAGAUCAUCAACUGCAUCCGCUGGCAUCCAGAGACAACUGGAGAGUCACCUGGAGGGUCUCAGUGUAAAAACUGGGUCGCCUUUGCUGGAAAUGGAACCACAAUUUCUGUUGUCGAUCUGUCUAAAUAUUUUGAUAAUUUGAGAAAACAAGAUUCUGUUGUAGAGGAGAUCACACAGGUGUUUUGUCAGGUUGAAGGUCAUUUACAAAGAACAACAGAUCUUUGCUGGAGCCCUCAUCAUGAUGGACGACUGGCAAGUGUGGGCUAUGACAACACCGCCAUUGUGUGGAAUAUGAAAAGUUCUGAAGCUAUUGCUAGCUUUAAAGGACAUUCUGUUAAACUGUUGACUGUACACUGGAGCAACUUAGACCCAGAUGUUAUCAUGACUGGUGGUUUUGAUGCAACGCUAAGAGUCUGGAGAGUCUCCGAGCAAACCUUGUCUAUACUCUGCAUGGCAGAAAGAAAAAGGAGAAAGAAAAACUUGGCCAAGAUUGCCAAAAAUUCAAAAUGUGUAGAUGUGUCUCCAGAGAAAUCUUUGGCUACUCAAGAGGAAAUAACAGAACUGCAGGAACUCAUUAUGCUUAAGAAACGAAAGCUAUUACAGCAUGUGCCAAAUGGUAACAGUGAAAAUGGCCAGGAGAGUGUUGGAUCUAGUCCGACGAAUUUCUCAUUGGUUAACCACCAACCUGUGCACAACAGUAAGGACUUUCAAGGACACCUCAACGGCGACAGUCAAAGUCUGUGUACCAAGCAGUCUGGCAAUGUGGACGGAGUACGUCCUGACAUACACAGUGACACUGCUGAAGGUGGCCAGCCUGUCAGGCGCGAGGUGCCCUUAGUGAGUGACCUGGUGUCUCCAGUGAAGCCCCUGUUUCCCAGAUCCGCCAGAGUGGAUUCCCAAAGUGCAGGGCCGGUGGCAGGAGAUGGCUUAACAUCAGAGCUCUCGGACAAAAGCAAAAGACGUAAGAACAAAGCCAAGUCACUCUUUCCUGUAUGCGCUGCGGCCAAUAACCGAAGCAAGGCCGCUCUUCACGAGGACAUCUUAGAUCUGACAAGGUUAAUCACAGGUCAAGGCCCUUCUGCCCUAGUUGAUACCAAACCUCAUCUUGGAAUUUUCACAGAUAGAUUAGGAGCCCACAGAUGUAUUCUCCAAGAAAGCGAGUACCAUCUUAACAAUGAGAACAUGGAGUAUCACCUCCAGUUGGAGUUAUGGAGAGGUAACAUUGCCGGAGCUGUGCAGAUAGCCAGACAGCGAAACGAGUUGUCUGACUGGAUAGUGGCCAUGGCACCUUUGGCCUCUCACGACCUCUGGGAACUGGUGAGUGCCGAGUACGCGGAGCAGCUGGAAGAAGAUGGUCAGUACCACAAGGCCGCCACAUACCUCCUGGCCGCCCACAAGGUCUACCAAGCCAUUGAUCUGUUCAGGAGGCAUCGUCUGUUUAGGGAAGCAGUAUCACUGGCUCGAAUUCGACUGUCUCCUGUGGAUCCACUACUGGAAGACCUGUAUACAGAGUGGGGCCAGAACUUGAUGAAAGAUGGACUCUUUGAACAAGCAGCCAAAUGUUAUCUGGCUAUGAGACAUAUCCAAGAAGCAGGAAAAGCACUGACCAGGAGAUAUGAUCAAACCUCAUUGAAAACUGCCUGCCAUAUGACACUGCUGGUCAAUGACAAACAACAAGGACUGUCCUAUGCCUACAAAUUGUUCACUCAGAAUCUAUUGAUGGGAGAGUGGCAGGAAGCAUACAAGUUUUUGGCAGAACACAACUCUCUAAAGGUGUUGUUGCCACUUCUCAGUACACAUGAACUGCUGAUUCAUCAUCUGUCCAUCAUGUGUCCAUCGAUGGUACUCACACAAAAGCCAGUGACUAAGGCCAGUUUCUCACAGUGGUGUAAAACAGAUGACAUGAAAAGCACCAUUUCUCUUCCAGAAUUUUUAGUGGACAGGUCAGAUGUUGAUCCAGUGGUACCUUGGGAGCCUUAUCUGAUUGGAGGACACACCUUUCCUCACCACUUGCUCAGGGUCUGGCACCAACAUUUGGAUAUUACAAUGGUGACUCAGGAACUAAUGGCCAUGCACACAGCUAUUUCCCAACUUAUUUCACUCCGACAGAACCUAGGAGACUUGCCAAAUCUUCUGAUUCUAGUUAGCAUGGACAUCACUCUAUGUUUGUUAGUACUACUUACAUCAGAGACAUCCUCAGCCAUUGUCCACCUCCUACAGGCCAUGUCCACCCUUCACAGUAGUGGCAACAGGUUACUUCUCCAGGCAUUGUGCCGGCUAAUACUGCCGCAAGGUCCCAAGUAUAUGUUAAAACUACAACAAGAAUUCAAUGCCUCCAGAGUUCUCAUCACCAUGGAGAGUCAUGGUGAUGUGGACAAGGCUGGGGGUGAGGGCCAUAACAGCAUCAAGAAGUUUGUGACAGACAUCAAAGAGGACAGCGCCAUCACAAUGUCCAGCCCCAGGUGCAGGGAGCUGGACUGUCUGCGAGCCUUCUACUACCUGGCUGUGCUGGACUACCUCCACAACAGCUGCUCAUCCACGCAGCAGGAAGAAGACAUUCUGGAUGGCAUGCCCAAUAGACAGAAUCUUUCCAGAGAUAACAUUAAGGUGGACUUAAAGGAAACAAAAAACUCAGGUUCUGACAUGGUGGAUGUAGUUUCCAAAGGUUGUGAUAUCACCAUGAAUGUUAACCCUACCCAUAAUUCUUUGACAGCCAGUUCAGUGUAUCAAACAAUUGUUACAGACUUUUCCAAUAUAGGAAAAACCUGCUCAAACAGUGAUUAUUGUGCCAAAAAUAGUGUCAAUUUCUCUCAUUGUACAGUAUCUCCAUCAUCUGCUUCUUCAUCCUUGCCAACUCUCUUACUGCCAGGGUCAAGGUCACCAACUGAUUCAUCAUCUCCAGUUGAUCCUCCGAGUGUGCCUUCCAGUGUUCAUCAGACCCAGUCUACAGUUCAUCCAAGUACGACCUCUCAUCAAUCUAUCCUGGUAGGCACUGCCACAUCUAAACCUGCCACAGCAUCAGAGGAGCCCUCCUUGCCUGGUGCCAAUGGCAGCAGUCCAGUGAUGACUGGAAAAGGUCAUGAUUAUAAAGGUCAGCUCAACCACAAGAACCUCCUGAGACUUUCUAAAGGAAUCCUCUGGGAUGUCCAGGCUAAGAGAGAGGCCCUGACUGAGACUCUGGGUCACAUCCACAGUGCCAUUGCUCAGCACCUGCUGGCCAACAGGUCUGAGGAGAUGUCCAAGUCAACGUCAGCCCUCAGCCCCACAAACUGCAGCAGGCCUUUCAUGUCUCCUCUAGAUGGAGAGUUGGAGGCGGAUGGUUGCUGCCACCAGUCACGCCACUUCACACUCCCAUCACAAUCAUUGUCCCCAACAGCUUUCUCAGUGAUCAACUCAGCCGCUGUCAAAACAGAAUCCAUUUUAUGUUCUGCAAACACUCCACAAACUGUUUUGGAUGCUGUGGCAACAUCAUUUACAAAAGUUGAUGAUCAGGUGUCAUCUAGUGGGGACAAUGUUAGCCUUGAUCGAGCCAGGUUAUUGUCUCCUCAGCCGACAGUUAAAUCCAGUGACAAGGUCAACAGAGGCCCAUUCCGGAGUAAAUCUGAAAACUCUGCCAGCAACUUGUCAGUCCAACUUGAUACUACUGUAUCACCCCAAGUUGAGACUGAACUGUUAAAUAGUUUUGAAGGUACUUCUGUAGCAUUCCAAAAAACUAAAAAGAUUCUGUGGCUGGACAACAGUAGGAGAUCCAUGGAUGAAAGUCUUGGCAGCCCACAGCCAACCAUCUCCAAACUUACUCCUGAUGGCAAUGUGAUCCCUGUUGAAUGGGUUGACCUUCCAGUUGAUGUCAGAUACAUUCAGCCGUACCUCACCCUACCACUACUUAAACAUGAGCAAGACAUUGUUACUCAGGAAUUGAAGCGGCUGCCAGAUGCCACCAAAGUUCCUUUUCCCUGUACCAGCACAAGUGUUCGAAGAUUGCUAGAAGCUUGCCUGAGCUCUCCCCACCUGAGUAAGGAGCAAAAGGUGAGCUACUUUAAGCAGUUGAAUGACUGGGCCAUGCUAUUUGCUGUCACUACACAUCAGCAGCAUGAAACCAACACUAUGUUCUCUGAUGCCUUCGCUGACUACUUUAAGCAUUGACCACCUUCCACUGGGGUUGGCAAGGCAUUUCUUGUUUGGCUGACUACUUCAAGCGUGACCACCUUCCACUGCGGCUGGGAAGGCAUCUCUUGUUUGUGCACAAAAUGUGGGAAAGUGUUUGGCCUCUUUUAGUUUAACCACAGAAGUUAUACUCAACAGAAUGUGCAAUGGCUUCUAAAUAUUUUUUUUCUAGAAGCUACCUGCUCAGCCACUGGAUUAUUAGGUAAUUAAUCAUUGAACAGCAAAUGUUCAUAUUUAAUUUUUUUUGUUUUAAGAAAGUCAUUGUAUAUUUAAUUUGUCACUUUGCUAAUGAGCAUUAUGACUACCGGUAAUGCUGGUGUUUAUGUUAGUGACUGACAAUUCUUUACUUCACAGUAUGUUCUGGGCAGAGAUUGCACAUUUUGAUGAAUAUGUUGUUCUGUCUCUUGACUGGAUUAGGUUGAUUUUAAAACUGGUACACUACCAUUAACUUUUGUUGUCAAGUCACUUGUACUUUCAAGAAAAAAAAGCAUUGUUUAGAUUAUUUUAAUAUUGGCUUAGAUUAUUUUCAUUUUUCUUAUUUAUGUAUUGAAAAUAGAAAGAUAGUUGGGAAUUGUUUAAAUUGUAUUUAUAUAAGUAACAUUUAAUAUUUCAUGUGCAUAGUUUCAAUUCUUUUAAUGUACAAUCUCAUCCAUUUUAGAAUUCAUAUUUUAAAGACCUUACUUUCUGUACCAGUAUUUAUUAAAUUGACAAUUGUGUAUUAGACAAACUUUUCAUACUUAAAGAACAACAAGUACUUAACUGAACAAGCAUGAAAAAAAAAAUUAUUAGCUUAUUAAUUUUAGUAAAAUGUAUGGAAAGUUAAUGAUAAAUGUGCCUCCUUGCCAUUUUCCCUUGGAGAAGAAAUGUUCCCAAAUGCCUUGUGUAUGUUUGAGAGUAGAAACUUGGGAAACUUGUCUCUACUCCUGAGCUGUAGGUUGUAAAUAAGUCACUUGUUGUGAGUCUUACAAAACAUCCUUGACCUGGUGACCUUGUUGUUUAUGUUUGAGUUUGCCGGUGAUGUUGAGCAGAAGUCUACUGGUAUAGAAUGAUGUCACUUGCAGUUAGCACAAUUGAUGUCUAGAUGGAAACAUUCCAUUGGUUACAUAGUUUCAGUGAGCAUCAGUUGAUUACUUUAAGUGAUUUUUUUGUUUUAUUUAAUGCAAUUUGAAAUGUACAAGGCUAAUAUUCUCUCUUUGUCUACUUUUUUUAGACCAAAAAUAAAUAUUUUUAUUGUAUUUGGGGUGGGUCAGCGUUUUGUUUUUAAAUCAAAAAUAAAUCUUUUUAGUUAUAUUGGGGGUGGGGCAUUUUAUCUAUAGCGGAUAGUUUAAAAAUAAAAAAAAUAGUUAUAUAGGUUUAUGGUUAACAACAGAUUGUAAGUGAACCAGUGGGCUUAACUGAUAUUGAUUUUUGUUUAAAAGUCACUCUUUAGGAUACUAUUGAUUACAACCUUGUUGAUACAAGGGAUAUUUAGUUAGUUCCCUUGUAUAAUAUAAUAUCUGUAAGUGUUAAGUUUACAUUUAUAAUAGCUCUGUAAGUUUUAUUUUGUUAGCAAUAGAAAAACCUGUUGAACUCAGAACACAAAAAGAGAUUGACAUUAACUAAAGGAUAGCAGUUGUUUUGUUUUUUUUGUUUGUUUUUAUUUUGUUGAAGUCAUCACUCUGUUAUGUGUUGAAUGCAUUUGAAUUGUUUUGAAUUUUUCUGGGUUACAUUUUUUAUGUUUGUUUGCUCUAGAAACCUCAGUGUUGAUAGCAGUGUUUGAAUUGGUCCUAAAUAAGGUCCAGAGUUAUCCAAAGCUAUGUUUGAGUCGUACGCAGUACUGUCAUUAAACUAUUUCAAUUAAA